AAGACUGACGUUGGCGUCCACUAAUCCAUUAUAAAAUAUAUGGAAAUUAUUGAAAAUUCCUGUCGAUUCAACCGGAACUCUGUCUUCUGUUCUGACCAAGCGCUUUAUUAAAGGAUAAGGGUAUGUCUCAGCAGUAGAGUAGUCGGUGAGUUAUGGCGUUGGAAGCAACUUCCAUUAUCGUUCUUGCUGUAGCAUUGGCUUCACUUUGGCUAAUUGCAAACACUCUCAGAAGUAGAAAUAAUAAGAGGGCAAAGACUAAGCCACCGCAACCUCCGUCAUGGCCAAUAUUUGGUCAUCUUCCUCUGCUGAGAAGAAGCAAACAGCCCAUUCACAGACUCCUAUCCUCUCUGUCAGAGAGCUAUGGACCCAUCAUGCAUCUGCAACUUGGUUUGCGCCCAGUUUUAGUCAUCUCUUCAUCAGAUCUCGCAAAAGAAUGCUUUACAACAAAUGACAAGGCCUUUGCUUCGCGCCCAUCUAUUUCUGCAGCAAAGCAUUUAGGGUAUGACUUCAAAAUAGUUAGCUUCGCUCCGUACGGCUCCUACUGGCGAAACAUCAGAAAAAUCUGCACGCUCCAGCUCUUCACUGCAGACAGAAUCGAAUCAUUCAGGCAGGUCCGCACAGAGGAAGUUUCCGUUCUCAUCCGUUCGCUGUUCGAGAGUUCGCAGCAAGGGAUGAAUCCAGUUAGCAUCAAGUCGAGGUUGUCAGAUCUCACAUUGAAUCUCAUUGUGCGAAUGGUUGCCAGCAAGAGAUUCUCGCCAGAUCUUUGUCCGGAUGAAUUCAAAGAAGCGCAGCAGUUUAAGGAGGUGAUAGAAGAAACUUUUUUGCUUGCUGGGUCAUUUGAUAUCGGCUACUACCUGCCUUUUCUCAAGUGGAUAGAUCUGAAUGGAAUAGUGCUUGCCAUGAAGAAUCUGCAGAAAAAGAGAGAGGUAUUCAUGAAGAAAUUACUCCAGGAUCACCGAGAGAAGAGAGGGUUGCAUGCUCGAGACUUGAUAGAUGUUCUCAUCUCUGCAGCAGACAACCAUGAAAUUCAGUCUGACAAUAACGACGAUGUGGUGAAAGCCACCGCCUUAACUAUGAUAAACGCGGGUACUGAAACAUCCUCUACGACUGUCCAGUGGGCACUGUCAGCUUUGAUGAACCGCCCGGACAUUUUGGGCAAAGCCCAUCAAGAGCUCGACACACAUGUCGGACGGGACCGAUUAAUGGAGGAAUCAGAUAUCCCCAAGCUGAAAUAUUUGCAGGCAAUUGUAAAAGAAACUAUGAGGCUUCAUCCAGCGGCACCUCUUCUGCUACCACAUGAAUCUAGAGAGGCCUGCACUGUUGGAGGAUACAACAUUCCCGCAGGAACUCAACUCUUAGUGAAUGUGUGGGCGAUCCACCGGGACGCCUCUGUGUGGGAGCGCCCCACGGAAUUUGAUCCUGAACGUUUUCUCAAGAGCGGCAAAGAGAUCGAUGUGAAAGGACAGAACUUUGAAUUGAUUCCGUUCGGUUCUGGGAGAAGAAUCUGUCCGGGCAUGUCUUUGGGAUUGAUUGUAAUUACCUACACAUUAGGGCGGCUGCUUCAGAGUUUCGAGUGGUUUGCUCCAGAGGGCACUGUAAUUGACAUGGCAGAGGGGCUUGGGCUCACAACGCCCAAAUUAAUUCCAUUGGAGGCCAUUACAAAACCUCGCCUCCCCCUCCAUCUCUACUGAUCUCAUUGGAGCAAUGAGUUUUAACUGCUGACCACAUUGUAGGUUCUCAAUCAUUUAAUAUUUACUAGUAAUUGCGAUAUAUUGUAAGUCUUGUCAGAUGCAUAAUCUUCCCCUAACGUUUCCUUUUGUAAAUCAAUAUUAUUAAUGUUCUUGAUUCGCUUGAA